AGGCAUUUGGAGGCUAUACUCCGACUGUGAAAGAAGGAAGCUAGCUAGCGCCAUGGCCAGAACCAAGCAAACCGCUCGCAAAUCCACCGGUGGCAAAGCACCCAGGAAGCAGCUCGCCACCAAGGCUGCGCGCAAGAGCGCCCCGGCCACCGGCGGCGUGAAGAAGCCUCACCGUUACAGGCCCGGCACCGUGGCUCUUAGAGAGAUCCGUCGUUACCAGAAGUCCACUGAGCUGCUGAUCCGCAAACUGCCUUUCCAGCGCCUGGUGCGAGAAAUUGCCCAGGACUUUAAGACCGACCUGCGCUUCCAGAGUUCCGCAGUGAUGGCCCUGCAGGAGGCAAGCGAGGCUUACCUGGUCGGCCUGUUCGAGGACACCAACCUGUGCGCAAUCCACGCCAAGAGGGUGACCAUCAUGCCCAAGGACAUCCAGCUGGCCCGUCGUAUUCGCGGAGAGCGCGCAUAAACGAUGACCUGAUCUCCAAAAUCCCCCAAAGGCUCUUUUAAGAGCCACC